CACACACACACACAGACACACACAGACAAGAUGGAAGGUGUUGAAGGCGAUGGAGACCUCGAUCUCCUGGCUGAUCUCAUUGGCCACUUUGGACAGGUGCGUGUGGAGGAACCACAGCCUGAGCGAGAGCCUGUCCUGUCCUCGUUUGAUGCCGAGGGCUUCGUCAAGUACCUUCUCGACAACAACUGCAAGAAGGUGGUGGUGAUGGCUGGCGCUGGCAUCAGCACGAGUGCAGGCAUCCCGGACUUCCGAUCCCCAGGCACAGGCCUCUACGACAACCUGCAGAAGUACGAGCUUGAGGAGCCAGAGGAUGUGUUUUCCAUCGAUUUCUUUCGGGAGAACCCCAACCCGUUUUAUGAUCUGGCAAAGGAGCUGUACCCGGGCCACUUCAAGCCCACGCCGUCGCACCACUUUGUUCGCCUCCUUCAGGACAAGGGCAUACUCCUCCGCCACUACACACAGAACAUUGACACACUGGAGCGCAUGGCCGGCGUUGCGGACGACAAAGUGAUUGAAGCGCAUGGGUCGUUUGCCACAGCGCACUGCACGGACUGUCAAGAGGAGGCUGAUCCGGCGUGGGUGAAGGGUCGCGUGUUUGCUGGCGACAUUCCGCACUGCCAGCGCUGCGGCGGCGUUGUGAAGCCAGAUAUUGUCUUCUUUGGCGAAUCCCUGCCGGAACGCUUCACGCGCGGGUUUCGCAAGGACCUGGCAGACGCAGAUGCACUCAUUGUCAUGGGGACGUCCUUGAAGGUUCAUCCAUUUGCAUCGCUCAUCUCAUACGCGCGCAAGGAUGUGCCCCGCAUCCUCAUCAACAGGGACCGCGUGGGCGAGGACGGCUUUGCCUUUUAUGGCUCUGCCUUUGAUUUCGACGCCGAGUACCGGGAUGUGUUCAUGGGCGGGACGUGCGAUGACGGGGUGCGGGUGCUGGCGCGACUGCUCGGGUGGGAGGAAGACCUCGACCGCCUCGUUGCAGACGGCAACACCGCAUUUGAGACAGAGAGGCAGCGCCAUGGUGGCACUGAUGGUGACAACACCACGGAGCAACAGAAUGGAAGAGAAGGUGAUGAUGAUGAUGAUGAUGAUGAUGGUGAUGGUGAGGAUGAAGGGGAUGAAGGGGCACGCUCCACAGAGGAGAACGACAAAGGGGAUGAGAAUGGCGGCGAUGGUGAUGGUGACAGUGCGGCGCCAGCUGCAGAUGACAAUGGUGCUGUCACUGAGAAGCAGGAGAGCUAGCACACACACGCGCACGCACGCACGCGUCGUUGGACCUUUCAUUGCAGCUCGUCUUCCUGUGUUUUUGUUUCUUCCUUCUCUCCUUUCCUUCCUUCGUUUCUGCC